AUGUUGGAAAUGCAACGCGGUCUUCUACAGGGGAUACCUCCACCACCGCCACCAGCAAAUAGAGAAAGAUCUUAUUCCCCUAAGCACAGUGAGCACCACAAUAAUGCGAAUGAUGCUCGACGAAGGAACAGGGAGAUCCCACGGAACACUAAGAAUCAAGAUUCAUAUAUGACGAAGUUUGAACAAGCUCUGAACGACAAAGUCUUGGAACUCCAAGAUCAGUUACAAGAAGUCAUAAAGGGAAAGAACCAAGCUCCGACUCACGAUUUCCAUUUUACAACAGAUCUGGCAUUCACAGAUGAGGUGCGGUUUGAACCUCUUCCGAAAGGGUUCAAGAUGCCAGCUAUAGAGCAAUACGCCGGCUUAACUGACCCGGAGGAUCAUUUGGAAACUUUCAAAUCCAUCUUGUUCUUUCAAGGUGCUUUAGAUGCCAUAAUGUGCAGAGCCUUUCCAUCCACUCUGAAGGGAGCCGCAUGGCAAUGGUUUUCUUGUCUCCCUCCGCGAUCUUUCUCUAAUUUUACGGCUUUAGGACGGGCCUUCUUAGCUCAUUUUGUAAGUAGCAAGAUACACAAGAAGACAGUCGCCAAUCUUCUGGCCAUAAAGCAGCAACCAAAAGAAUCCAUCAGAAAUUUUCUCACAAGAUUCAAUAAAGAAGCUCUGCAGGUGCAAAACCUGGAUUCAAUGGUAAAAUUCCAAGCUCUGAGAAGUGGAAUCCGAGAUAUCAAAUUGAAAAAAUCAUUAAUUAUGGAUGAACCUGGAGAUAUGUAUGAACUAUUCUCAAGGUGUGAAAAGUAUAUCAACUUGGCUGAAGUUCUUGCGGCAGAAAGAGAAGACAAGAUCGAGAAGAGACCUCCGACGAGGAAGGAAGAAAUUCCACAGGAGGUCGGAGCAAAGCGCAACCGAGAUGACGAGGAUGGAAAGAAAGGAAAAGAUGAUAGAAAAGCUUGGAUACCUCGGGUCCCAGAAAGAGAAUCCAAACCAAAGUAUACCGCACUGACGCACACCCGGGCAUAUGUGUUAAAUGAAAUCAAGGAUCAGGUUACACUGCGUUGGCCAGCCAAGAUGGUCAAACCAGCAUAUGAACAUAAUAAAAAUAAGUAUUGUCAUUUUCACCAAGAUCACGACCACGAUACUGAGGAGUGUAGACAGCUAAAAGACGAGAUAGAAGCACUUAUCCAAAGGGGACGUCUCAACCGAUUUGUUAAAAAGGAGGCGAACAAUCGAAAUAUGGAUUCCCGAGCUCGGGAACCCGAGGAAAGGCGCAAGUCAUCUCCCAAGGCAGAUAAAGAAGAACCCCUCCGAGGUAAGCCCCACAUUGAGAAUGCACCCUUGAGAGAGAUCACAACUAUAUUUGGUGGACCUAGUAUGGGAGGAAAAACCUCCAACUCUCGAAAGCAACAUGCGCGGAAUGUGAUCCAAACUGAGACUGUCAUUAAGAAGAGGAGGACCAGCUACCCGAUAUCCUUUUCUGAUGAAGAUCUAAUAGAUAUCCAGACGCCUCAUGACGAUGCUCUAGUGAUCAAGAUGGUAAUCACCAAUUGUACGAUGGGGAGAAUCUUGGUUGAUAAUGGGAGCUCGGUUGAUGUCCUAUAUUAUGAUGCGUUUGAAAAGAUGCUCCUGAAACCCGAGAUGCUGAAAAGAGUAGAAUCCCCAUUAUAUGGGUUCAAUGGCAUCCCUGUUCAAGUCGAAGGAUCAAUUGAGUUGUUGGUCACGGUAGGGACAGAACCCAAACUCUCUACUGUGAUGAUGGACUUUUUGGUGGUGAAGGUGAAUUUAGCACACAAUGGGAUAUUAGGAUGCCCUGGACUCAAUGCGCUAUAG